AUGGGCCAGCCAGAGGAUUUACAAGAGUUCCUGUGCCUGCUCUCCCCUGCAGAAGACUACGUGGCCUUCGUCGAAAUGAUGAAGGCCCGUGCCGCCGAGUUUGCGUCGCCGACAAUGCGAGGACUUCCAGGCGAAGCCAGUGCCCCACCUGUUCAGCCGACUGCAGCUUCCCGGAGUGCUGAGGAGCCGCCGGCGCCGCCCGCACCUCCGCCUCCGCCUCCUCUCCCACCCCGGUCGCCGCCGCGCUCGCCGCCGCUCUCGCCUGCAGGGUCUCCUGCAGAUUCUCCAAGCCAAGGGAACCAUGGCCUGUCCGAAGCUGACCUGGACCAUGCUUCUUCGGUGCGCCAGCGCUUCCGGGCGUUCCUGGAUGCCAGCGAGGCAACUGAGUCUCUGCAGCACUUCGAUGCAGUUUUAGCUCUCCUGGGCCAUGCAAGGCCAACCCGCUAUGAGAGCCUGGCCACUGCACUGGGCGCCCGCCUGUCGCGGGAGCCUCAACUGGAGGCUCAGGAGCCUUUCUCCGGCGAGGCAGCGACACCCCGAUGGCAGCUGCUGCGAGAAGUCUUCCCGAUCUGGCUGCCGAUGUUUAACAACGUCAUGAUGUUUGCGAACGAGCUCUGCAACAUGAUCUGCCUAGGCCACGCGGGGGAUGCUGCUGAGCUCGCUGCCGUCGGGCUGGGGAACAUGAUGCAGAACUGCUGCGCGCUGAGUCUAGGCCUCGGCCUGACCAGUGCCCUGGACACCUUCGUCAGCCAAGCGCACGGCGCGGGACAGCACUCCUUGUGUGUGCAAUACCUGCAGAGGAGCCGAAUCAUCACGGUCGCACAACUCCUCUGGAUGAUCCCUCUUCUUUGGUUCAGUGACGACAUCCUCCUGGCCGUUGGCCAGCACGCCGACGUUGCGAGGCAUGCUGCCGCCUACAACCGCGCGGCGGUCUUUGGCCUGCUUGGCAACUUCCAGUUCCAGGGCAUCCUGUCCUACCUGCGGAACGUGGCGGUGCCGCAGCCCGUGUGGAUUUCCGGCAUCACCAGCCUCCUCCACAUCGCUUGGGCCGUGCUCUUUGUCGUGGUGUUUCGCUGGGGGAACAUGGGCGCAGGCAUUGCGAACACCACGACUUGGACGCUGCAGUGGCUCCUGGCAUCGAUCUAUUUGGUGUACAAGUCCUCCGAGCUCCAUGCUGCAUGGCCGGAGCUCCUCGGAGUGCAGAAGGAGGCCUUCCGCCACUGGCGGGCAUACCUGGCAGUAGCAAUUCCGACGACACUGCAGAUCUGUAGCGAGUGGUGGUUCUGGGAGAUUUGCGCUCUGCUGGUGGGCUACUUGGGCCCCACGCCCUUGGCUGCACACGUGGCCACCAUGAACGUAGUGGCCGUGCUUGUGAUGCCUACCAUUGCCUUGGGGAACGCCGCAUCCUCAGUUGUGGGUAAUGCAAUCGGGGCGCAGCUCCCAAAGAAGGCCAGGCGCGCCGCCUGGCUCUGCGUGGCGCUGGACGCCAUGAUGUGGACCUGCUUGGCACUGGUCUUGCUCCUGACGAGGCACCUGGUUGCUCAGCUGCUUACAUCGGAGCCGGCCGUGCAGUCCAUGGUGCAGACGCUUCUUACCAUAUACUUGCUGGCCGGCUACCCGGACAACGUCUCGAAUGUCAUGGGCGCCACGCUCCGUGGCAUCGGUAAGCAGAAGGCGCCCGCAGCUGUCUACUUGGUUUCCUUCUACCUCAUAAUGCUUCCAGUGGGCUGCAUGCUUGUUUGGCACUGCAACAUGGGAGUUCAGGGCAUGUGGUACUCCAUGGCGAUUGGGACCGGACUCGCCACGGUCCUGAUGGGCAUCCUUCUGUGCAAGGUCGACUGGGCCCAGUGCGUAAAAGAGUCCGACGAGCGUCUGAAGGAAGCCUCACCCGUGCCGUGCAUGCGUGAUGCAUAG